AUGAGGAAGUCCUUUAUUGAACGCAUCUUCCCUCACCCGCCGGGAAGUACAAGUUCACUUCCUCAGUAUGAGGAUGACGUCUCAGUCUCUUCGUUGCGCUCCUCCGAUGCAGUCCGCCCUCGCAUUCUGCUACGAGAUGCAGCAACCCCAUCUCCAUUGUCCGACCGGCAACGAAACAGUUCUGUGUCCCCGACCUCUCAAAGACCCCAGAAGCUGAGCUCGUCCCUGGUGCGCCACAACGAUCCCUUCCUCCCAGUGGAGAGAGCUGCCAAAUCACUCGAGCGGACCUUUCAGAGCCUCCUCGAUGCGCAGUCAGAAGGGCUCGGAGCUGGCGUUGCGAACGCAGACCUGGAAGAUUCGUCCUCUGUGGGAAGUCCCACGCCCACUCCAUCUAUCUCUACGUCUACAAGAACAGGAGCGGAUCCAGGACCGUGGACCAUACCAAUCCGUCAACCGAAGCCCAAAAAGAUCACGCUCCGAGGAGCACGACGCGGGUUAGAAAAGUCCAUGAGGGAAUUUGCGGCUCUUAGGGAGUGGGAGCUGUCCCUCAUCGACCGGGAAGUUGUGGCUAGAGACAACGCCCUGAAACAGGCUUCGGACCUAGGAAACCGGAGACACCUCCUUGAGGAUGAGAUUCGCAAGAUCAAAAAUGAAGAAGGACCUGUCGGUCUACGCUCCGAGAUUCAGGCCGUGGAACAGGAGAUCCAACAUCUGGAGACAGCCUUGCUGGAACUCAAGUCCAAGCACAGAAUCCUAGUGAAUCAGCUCCGCGAGACCGAGAGCUCAAGGGACUCGGAAUUGAGCUCUUACAUGGAGUCGCUGGCACUGAGCGAGGUUCAGGUCAAAUCGUUCCUGCGGAGACCACCGAUCCAGCAGAGUCUCAAUUCCGGACAUGAUCCAGGGAUGUACGCCCUGAAGCCAGAGAGGCGGACCCUGCAAAUGGCACAGGAGCAGUGGACAAACGAAGUGGAGUUGCUGGGUCAGAGAAAGGCGAGCGCAGAGAGUGAGAGGAAUGCCCUGGAAGAAGGAUCGAGACUUUGGCGCGACAUUGUAAGACGUAUUGGCGAGUUUGAACGGGACUUGAAGACGCAGACGCGGGAGCUGUCUCAUUCGCAACUCCAGUGGGCUGCCCCGAACGGAGCAGAUGAUGCGAAGAGUGUACCGGCGACAACAGCUGAAGAGGCGUCCAUUCAGCUAGUCUUGACAAAACUCUCUACCUUGAUCUCAUCUCUCGAGGAAGAUCUUGACCUGGCCGAAUCCAAGCACUGGAAUCUCCUCACCUGCGCAAUAGGUGCUGAGCUUGCGGCUUUCCAGCAGGCACGGGAUUUGCUCCAGCGGAGCGCCAACCCGUCAUCCACCACCGAUGGUCCACUGAGUGACGGUGACAGUGUCAACGGAUUCAAUGAUCGCAAUCAGCUUGAAGACCAUGAGACGACACAGAGUCAUGAGUACCCUCCAGAUCUACUCCGGGACAAUAUGCUUUCGCCGGGCAGAUUACGGAGUCCAGGCGAAAGCAGCAACCAGAGUCUAGAAGACACAUUGCGUCAGUUUGGAAAUCCGCUCGAUAAAGGCAAGCAGAAGGAACAGGUCGAUCCUCUUGACAGCGUCGAGCUUGACCCUGUCGGCGUUCACCUGCGGUCACAACCUCGUGGACUACCCUCUUCAGAGCUGGAUCCUUUUGCUGGGGAGGCUGAUUCGGUCGCGAAACCGACAUCAUUGCCAAUCACAAACGUUCGGCCGAAGCCUCCAGACCGGACAAUGACGUCUGAGAGCGAGGACGAUGAGCCAGGGCCAGAAUUUCUGCUUUCUCAUUCUUGA